AUGAGAGUAUCGUAUCUUACCCUCACAGGACACAGUUGCUCUGAACGGGAUCCGGUACCAUCUAACGCUGCUAUAAACGUCCAGCGUCGUGUGCAGAGAGGAUUGGAUGUGAAAGCCAAGAGAGAGAAAAUUGAGAAGAUGGAUAAGCGCCCCGAAGGAGUAGAGGCUCCACCGUAUGUUGUGGUAGUACAAGGCCCACCUGGGUGCGGUAAGACGACGCUUAUUCGAAGUCUGGUGAAACACUAUACUAAGACAACGCUGGGGGCAACUAUUGAGGGUAGCCCAAUCACCGUGGUAUCCGGCCGUAACCGUCGAUUGACGUUCAUAGAGUGCCCGGCUAACGACAUGCGAGCCAUGAUCGACUUAGCGAAAGUGGCUGACUUGGUUUUACUUAUGGUAGACGCCGUGAGGGGGUUCGAAAUGGAGACCUUUGAAUUCAUCAACAUUAUGCAGGUCCAUGGCUUCCCACGUAUACUCGGAAUCCUCACUCACUUGGAUGGGUUCAAAGAAUCCAAGAGUAUUCGCAAGAUGAAGAAACGGUACAAAGCUAGGUUUUGGGCGGAGCUCUACGAUGGUGCUAAGAUGUUCUAUUUGAGUGGUAUCCAAUAUAGUGGGACGCGUUAUAAUAAGACUGAAGUCACCAACUUGGCAAGGUUCAUUGCUAUUCAGAAGUUCGCUCCUUUAUCGUGGCGUCAGAAUCACUCUUAUCUCGUGGCCCACCGUUGGGAGGAUCAAACGCUUGUGCCUGAUAGUGACACCAGGACCUUGGCACUCUAUGGGUAUGUGUCGGGCAGUAGACUACGUACGGAGGGCCAGGCCUUCCACAUAGCUGGUGUUGGCGACUUCCCGGCCGCCUCCGCAACGGUGGCCCUCGACCCCUGCCCGCCUCCUACGAACCAGAACCCGAAGAUGAAGGGCCUGGCCUUGAGGACCCUGAGUGACAAGCAGAGGAAUCUUUAUGCGCCCUAUUGCGAGCAUCAGCAUAUUACUGUGGACUCGGAGGCGAUGUAUAUUAAUACUCGAGAGGCUGAGGAGAGCUUCACGAGGAAGGAAGAGGAGGAUGGAAGUACCGAUGAUGAGGAAGCCGGCGAGGGAAUGUCCAGUGAUGAUGAUGAGGAGGAGGAAAUGGACCCCAGCGAGGCUGUGAAGAUGGUCCGUGAGCUCCAGGAUGUCAAGUUGGACCUGAACGAUAGAGAUGCGCCUUUGCCGUUGGUGGCGGGAGGGGCUGCAGUUCCUCCCACUAGAAGGCUUGCUGAGGAGGAGGAUGAGGAAGAAGUGAUAUCAGGGAGGCGAUUGGAGGUUGGAAAUUUAAUUAUUAUAGUUUUCUCGGAAUAG